AUGGAGAAGGUGGAAGAGAUAAAUGAUGAAAACCACUGUCGCCGCAUCAAGAUCCUAGGGGACUGCUACUACUGUGUGUCGGGCCUCACCCAGCCCAAGACUGACCACGCCCAUUGCUGUGUGGAGAUGGGACUUGACAUGAUCGAUACCAUCACAUCUGUGGCUGAGGCUACUGAAGUAGACCUGAACAUGCGUGUGGGGCUGCACACCGGCAGGGUGCUCUGUGGUGUCCUGGGCCUACGCAAGUGGCAGUACGAUGUGUGGUCCAAUGACGUGACCCUGGCCAAUGUCAUGGAGGCUGCUGGCUUACCUGGGAAGGUUCACAUCACAAAGACGACCCUCACAUGCCUGAAUGGGGACUACGAGGUAGAGCCAGGUCAUGGCCACGAGAGGAACACCUUCCUGAGAACCCACAACAUCGAGACCUUCUUUAUUGUGCCGUCCCAUCGGAGAAAGAUAUUUCCAGGCUUGAUUCUCUCCGAUAUAAAACCAGCCAAGAGGAUGAAGUUCAAGACUGUCUGCUACCUGCUGGUGCAGCUCAUGCAUUGCCGGAAAAUGUUCAAAGCGGAGAUCCCCUUCUCCAACGUAAUGACCUGUGAGGAUGAUGACAAG